AUGCAGUCAGAUGAUGUUAUCUGGGAUACACUAGGAAACAAACGAUUUUGUUCCUUCAAAAUAAGAACCAAGACUCAGAGCUUUUGCAGAAAUGAAUACAGCCUAACCGGAUUAUGCAAUCAAUCAUCCUGUCCCCUGGCAAACAGUCAGUAUGCCACCAUCAAAGAAGAAAAAGGACAGUGCUACUUGUAUAUGAAGGUUAUAGAACGAGCAGCUUUUCCUAGGCAUCUCUGGGAACGGGUCCUGCUCAGUAAAAACUAUGAGAAGGCACUGGAGCAAAUAGAUGAAAAUCUAAUUUACUGGCCCCGUUUUAUUCGACAUAAAUGUAAACAGAGAUUCACCAAGAUUACCCAGUACCUAAUUCGAAUUCGAAAACUUACACUAAAGAGACAGAGGAAAAUUGUUCCUUUGAGUAAGAAGGUAGAACGGAGGGAAAAAAGGAGAGAGGAAAAGGCAUUGAUAGCUGCUCAGCUGGAUAACGCCAUUGAAAAGGAAUUACUGGAAAGACUGAAACAAGAUACGUAUAGCGACAUCUACAACUUCCCCAUUCAUGCCUUCGACAAGGCCCUGGAACAGCAGGAGGCAGAGAGUGACUCUUCGGAUGCUGAGGAAAAAGACGAUGAAGAAGAAGAAGAAGGAGAUUUGGGAACAAGAGAAUUUGUGGAAGAUGAUGAGGUGGAUGAGAGUGACAUAAGUGACUUUGAGGACAUGGAUAAACUGGACAUCAGCGGUAAUGAAGAUCAGGAUCAGAGAUCAUCCAGUGAGGACGAAGAAAAGGCCCUGGAUGCCAGACACAAAUGCAAAACACCUUUGAAAGGACCUUUGCGGAGAAAACGAGCCUACGUAGAGAUAGAAUAUGAGCAGGAGACAGAGCCCAUGGCUAAGGCCAAAACUAUGUGAUUUCUCCUCAAACAUUUAUAAAUAGGCCUGAACAUUUUGAACUUCUCCCUUUCUUUUUUUAAACACAUACACCCUUCCAAUUUUUGCUCUUUCAUGUUGUAUUUAACACAAUAUUUGUGUUUUCAAUAUUUAUGCCACUUCUGUGAGCAAGAUAUCUAGGAGAGAGUGGAAGAAAUUCUUAAAUUGUGAAUGAAGUAUUUUUAUAGCAUAUAUAUUAAAGUAGCAGUAUGAGCCCAAGAAGCUUAACAGACAAGUUCUUGAUGCUGGAAUGAGAUUGUGACUGUAAAUAUUUCUAAGUCUUAAAUGCUAUGUGCCCGUUUCCUUGGUGUCUUUUGUUUUUCCCCCUAAAUUUUUAUUUAGAAAUGGCAGGGCUUAAA